GAGUUGAAGGUUAUGUUUUGAAUGUCAACAUGAUAAUUAAAGUGAACAUUUCAAAUUCUAUUCCUACUUGUUUUUCGUUCUUAUAAGCUUCAAAUAGGUUGUCAUUCCGUUAAAUUAAAAUUGGCAAUGUUGAGAAAUUGAAGUGUGUUAUUUUUUAUGAUGGCUUUGGAAAUACAAGAUAUAUUCGAAAUCAAAUGUUUAAUUAAAAAUAUUGAUAUUGAGUUAUGUGCUAGAAUUGAGAGUGAAGAAAAACAGCUUUUGGCUUUAGUAACAAGGAAUUGUGAUGUUGUACUACACUACUCCAAUGGAGAUUUACCCAUUGUUUUAAAGAGAAUUCCAUGGUUUUCAAAUAGCAACAAAGCUAUAAAGGCUCUGUGCUUUGAUCCAACUGCUACAUGGCUUCUGGUUGUCUGUUGUGACAGUUCUUUGCACAUAAUACCAUUCUUAAAACUGGUUGAUAAGAAACAGAAAGUAGACUGCAAAUGGUCAACAUCAGAUCUGACCCAUUUUUUCAAACCUCCACAAAGUCCGGACUCAAAACCAACUUCUUUGGUAUGGUGGCAAACAUUAGACUCAAAUCAAAAUGCUCUUAUUGGCUACGAAAAUGGUACAAUUGUAUUGAUAAGUUUGACUGAUGGUCAAUUUAUAUCUACAUGCACAGUAUAUGAGGCUAUAACAGAAUUGAAUUUGCGUCAUGAUAAUAAUUUAGAUGCUUGUUUCCUUCUGAUAAAUGGAAUUAGUGGUCAGCAAUGGAAGCUUGUGCUUGAACAAUAUCCAAUAGGAUAUGUGUGGCCUCCUGAGUUAGUUAAUCAAUCAGAUGAAAUAGUUCCAAUUAGAAUUCAGAAUUGGCGAAGAUUGGGAGUGGAUAUAUUAAUAUCCUUAAUGCAACGAUUAUUAGAAAAGAAGAGCUCCAAAAAAGAUAAUGCUAGUGAUACAACCAGUGAAGCCUCUCAACUCUCAGAUAGUUCUCAUACAGGUCCAGAAUUGUUGCCACAAUUUUCCGACACUUUUUUUUCAACCCAGUAUGUUGGUGAUAGACAUUUAUUUUCAGCAUUUCAUAAACCUGCUAAUGUAUUAACUGUACAUAUUGUUAAUUCUGAAUCAGAACCAUUAUGCAAAUAUAAGUUGCCACCAGACACAUGUGAGCCACUUUUGAAUGGUAAACUCAUAUUCACCGUAAAUGAUAGUAGAAAUUUAAUACAAGUCGUGAGCAGCCAUCUAGCGGAUUGCAAGAAAGACGAUGAUGAUUUCAAUCCAAAUUCUCUGUUAGCCCAGUUUCCAUUCGAAGGAAGAAUCUUGAAAAUAUUCAGAUUGACCGACUUUGCUGCAACUAAAAUUAAAAAAUGUAGUGAAGAUAAAGCAGUCGAACUGCCAAAAACCAUUGAGGAUCUUAAUCUUAAGAGGACAAGAGUAGAUACAUGCAUUAUUGUAACUAUGUCAGCAGUUUAUAAGAUCAAUAUAAGAAUUGCUCCUGUCGAGAGGUACGCCCAGUAUGUCGUAGAUGAAACUGACUACGACAGAGCUGAGAAAAUAGCACACGUCUUUGGACUUAACACACAUCAACUCUUAGAAAAUUGUGGUGACUUGCUUGUUUCUCGUUCUUCUUUCCAUUCAGGCAUUUUAUUGUACAAACAAGCAAGGACACAUUUAUUGAAGAGAGUUUUGAAGUUAGGCCUUGCCGCUGACUGUAGAACCCUACUGAAGUUUAUUCAUCUUUGUUUGACUGCUGGCAAGGUAGAUAUGUCGGUGGCAACUAAAAUACACACUGGAAAUUUGGCUCUGAUGGCAUACACAGAACUGGUAUUGAGAUAUGGAAAUUCUGCUAGAGUAUCAAACCUGAAGGAAUUUAUGCACUUUUUAAGAUAUGAAGAGUUAUAUGAUCAAAUAUUAGCUGUGAAUGUAGCCUGUCAAGCAGCCCAAUGGAAAAUUGUGAAUGUAUUGGCGGUAACAAGAGGACUCUCACCCGAAGUAGUUGCUGCAUUUGGUCAAAUCCUUCAAAGUGCAAGAGCGCCAAGACCUACGGACCAUGAUUUUGUGUACUGCCUAUCCGAACCUAGUCUCACUCAGGGUUUACUUCUAGCGCCAAAAGCAUCAGAAGUCAUAUUCCGUUAUAUCAGAACACAUGUGAAAGUAUUUCCCGAGGAUAUUUUGAGAAGAUUUCUGAUGCAACUUGAUCCUAGUCAACCUGGCGCCAUUCCUUUAGUGAGCAAGUUAUCACGAUACCAGAGGACUCCUUCUUACGUAGAGUCUAUCUCUGAUUCUAGUGAAUUCGAAAAUUACACUGAAGAUCUUUCUAAUGUUAGAGAUUUUAUUGAAACAUUCAUUGUUGUUUUAGUGCAUUUUGUGUUGAAGACUGAUCAGUUUAGUUAUAAUUUGAAAUACUUGAGAAGAGUCAUAGGUCCUGAUGAAAUCCAACUGGAUGAACUUUUAAAUAAAUUUCCCGAUUUUCAAACCUUAAGUUGUGGCUAUGACCAUGCUGCUGUGGUGAGAAACAAUAUGGCGUUCACCAUGGGAGUUUCAAACUUAGGAUCGUUAGGUGUAGGUCCACUUCUUACUCAAAGUAGUCCUCCAAGAUUGGUUAAUACCUUGAACAAUCUCAGACUGAAGGUGAUGAGUGUUAGUUGUGGAAGAAAGCACACUCUGUUUUUGACAGAUUAUGGGGUAUACACUUGUGGGUCCAAUAAUUGGUCCCAGCUUGGGCUCGGACCAAUGGUUCAAGAAAGUCCCUACCCGCAGAUGAUUACCGAUUUGGCAGCAGUGAAAGUAAUGCAAAUUGUUUGUGGACAAUAUCACUCGAUGGCUUUGUCCGCUGAUGGGCAUGUCUAUACUUGGGGAUGGGGUGUACAUGGCCAGUUAGGACACGAUAGCUGCAACAGUGAAGUUUAUCCUAGGAAAUUGAAUUUCGAUAAGAAGAUUAAGCAAGUGGCAGCAGGUCACGCACAUAGUCUCAUUUUAACCGAAGAAGGAGAUUUAUAUGGGUUCGGAUCGAAUGCGUUCGGACAACUGGAAACCACAAAUGAAGAAAUGAAUAAAUAUACAAAACCUAUUCGUAUAUAUAUUGGGUCCAAUUUAUUUACUCCAGUGGAAAAAAUUACUUCCGCCUAUUUUCAUAAUGUUGCUGUUUUACAAACCCAAGAGGUUUAUACUUGGGGGGCCAGUCCUCAAGAGGUGCGUCUCAUUCAAUCGAAACAUCAGAGAAAGGGAAAUAAUGGUAGAUGUGUGAAACUGCCCGAAUGUUGGAAAGCAGCUGCAAACAUUUAUUCUGGAUCGGACAGAGCACGCAUCGAACAAAUUUCAGUAGGAUACAGGCAUACUGCUAUUCUGCAUCAAGGAAGAAUUUUAUGGGGAAGAAAUAAGGAAGAUGAACUCAGUCCGCCCCAUUUGCAAGAACAAGAUAUCUUACUGAAUAUCCAUAAUUAUAGGUUUUUACAUGUUGCCUGCGGUUUGGAUUACACCAUGGCUAUCGAUCAUAUGGGAAGACUUUUAGCAUGGGGCAGUAUUUCUAUGGCACAGACACUUCUAGGACGAUCUAUGAACGAUUCAAAUGAGGCGAAAUCAAAUGAUUGCCUGCUUAGUGUUAACGGCGGCAGGCGGAUUUUCAAAGUUCCUAGUAGUAUUCAAGGAAGUUCAGAUUUAUUUCCAAUCGAAGUGCCAAGGAUACCAAGUGUAACAAUAACAUUCAAUACUACGGAUCAUAAUACUAUUUUAUCGAAGAAGAUCAUACCCAACUCCAUCACUCAAAUCGAAAAUAAGAAAACAGUGUUUAAAAAAAGUACACAAUGUGAAUUUCCAACCGAAGAUGCAGUUAUUUUGCCGAAAUACAACUACCGACAGAAAACAUUACAAUAUGUCUUAGAGACGUAUUACGGUUUGUACGACUACGACAACAUUCUUCAAGUUUGUUUGCAAGCAGAGAAUUUGGUCGCAGCAAGUAGGAUAGCUUUUAUCGGUGGACAUUAUUGUGAUAGCUUAAGCUUUCAACUGAACGCAUUCAAAAUUCAUAUGAGUUCAUUUAAAUACGAAUUAGAAUCAUUCGCUAAGGAGUACGAGUUGUUUAGUCAGAGUGAGCAUCAAAAGAGUUAUAUAGAAGCCUUGAAAAACAUUAAUAUUAAUAAUAUAAAAAACGAUAUUAGCCAGUGUAAUUCUUUUGAACAAAGCUCCGAUACUCCAAUUCAACUCAGUUCGAGUUCUUCCUUGGAUAGUAUAAGAUUGUGGGAGGAACAGGAACAUCAAGGAGGAUGUGAAAGCCCUUGUGAAGUUGGAGAAGCCACAGAUUACCGUUAUACUAUGUCCCAACUCGUGCAGUCUUUACGAAAUAAUCAUAUUAAUCAACCGAUAUCUAGUGUUUCCAAAAUGAUGUACGAUAGUGAUAAUGAGAAAAAAGAAAUCGAAAUUAAUAAUGCGGAUGUUAAAGAAAUCGUACAAAUGGCCUGUGGUAUUGUUGAGUUUUAUUUGGAAAGAAUUUCUAGUACAGAUAAUCCAAUUUUAAUGCAAAAUAUUUUAAUGUUGAUUAUUGAAUUUUGGUUAUCUAGUUUAUUACCUGUUCAAAUUCUCGAGAAGGUUCUUCUGAAAAAUAUCGAGAGAUAUUUCUAUCCUCUUUCCAUUAUACUUUUCUGUAAAAAUUUUUCAAAUGACUCUGGCGACCAAAUUUCAACGGAGGAGGUUGAACAGAAAAAUUCUGCCAGAUUUUUGAAAGAGUUUUCAACGAAAUUCUGCUUGCAACUCUGCCUGAUGGUUGUCGAAAAUGUAAAUAAAACCUAAAAAAUAUGGCUUCCUGUCAAUCUCACAAUUUUUUUAUAUUAUCCCAAGGAAAAUUUUUCGAAAAUUCUAAAUUUAUAGAAGAGGUUGACAUAAAAGAUUUGGGGGAAAAAAGAUCUGUAAUAAAACUUUCAAAUAAUUAGCAAGAAACAUAAGUAAUACUUGUUCAAUAAUGUUUUAAUUCAAGUAUACAUUUUUUGUUGAAACCAAAGGUAGAAUACUAGAUGUUUCAGAGAGCAUGUAAAAAUUUUUUGAAUGACUCUGGUGACCAAAUUUCGAAGAAAGUUAAACAGAAACAUUCUGCCAGAUUUUUUAAACAAUUUUCAACAAAAUUUUGCUUACAACUCUGCCUGAUGGUUGUUGAAAAUGUAAAUAAAACCUAAAAAAUAUGGCUUCCUGUCAAUCUCAAAUUUUUUUCCAUAGUAUUUCAAGAAAAAUUCUGAAAAUUUUAAACUUGUAGAAGAGGUUGGUACCAAAGAUUUUAGAAAAAAAAAUUGCAAUAAAUAUUUCAAAUAAUAAACAAGAAACUUAGAAAAUAUCAUUCCAAUUUUGUUCAAUAAUGUCAAUAAUUUAAGUAUAUAUUUUUUUCAUGCAACACCAAAGAUAGAUGUUUCAGAGAGCACUAAAAUCAAAUUCUAUAACUUGCUUUAUAUUGGUUUUCUUUUAUUUCAGCUAUAAAAAAAGGGUUUUGGUUUGCAAGGGCAGAGAACACCUAUCAUUCAAAUAUUGAAUUGGUAUUAAUGUGAAUUAUAGAAAGCUUAUUUUUUUUGAUAAUUCUACAUGUCUUUUUUCUGUUUGUUAAAACAAAUUCUUUUUUCACCAAUUCAUCUUCAUGAUUACUUGGGAACUGAAUGCAACCCUUUUGAUUGAGGGUGGUUUAAGAAUGCUAAGAUUCUCUAAUUAAAGAACCCCUUUAAAACUAUUGUAUAUCUAUUCUGUAAUUUCUCCUUGAAUCUUAGCUUACGUAAAUGUGUAAAUGAAGGUGCUCUCUGAAACUAAUUGAUUAUACUCUCUUUGUUGAAUUCAUUUUAUAUGUCUAGUUCCUAUUUUUGUUUUUGUGAAGUACAAAUAAUAUCCUUGUAAAAUUUACAAAAGUUAUUUAUUUUCUCUUAUUAACUCUUGCUAUGUGAGAUUAGUUAUUAUAUAUUUAUAUUUUGUUAGUUCAAAAAUAUGUUGACAAUGUUUAGAAUAUAUUUCUAUAGAUUAAUAAUUUAUUUCCAAAUGUAAGGUCAGAGAAAUUUAAAAAUAAACAUUCUUUUAUGAA